UUUAGGAUGUUCGCAAGAACAGAGAAACUUGAUUCUCUGAAUCAAGUGUUUAUCCUGUCAUUGUACCAUCCAGGUACAUGAAAAUUGGUAUCAGAUUCUAAUCCUGGAACCUGUAACCAUGGCUACCACAUAAAAACUUGAAGAAAUCUUAACUACCGUUACUCAACAUACAGAUUCAAUCACUGAAAUCAAAUUUGUGCUUGGUUCCAUGAGUACUAAAUUGGAUCGUAUUCUGAAUCUGCUUGGAGUCGAUCUACCUCAGCCAUCAAACAUGGAAGAGUCUACUAUUUCAGUUGAGGAUAUUACUGUCUCUCCAUCUGAGGAAAUCAAAUCAACUCCUCCUGUUGUUGAUGACGAAAAGGAUUCUCUCGAAUUGGAGUAUAUUCCUUCAUUUUCCCUUGCAGAAAACGAAGCUGAUGCUUCCAUUGUUAUUGCGAGUUUUGAAUUUAAAGGAAUCGGUGACGCUUUGGUGAUUGAUUUUGAUAGGAAUAAUCUCAAAAUGGUUCAGAAUGCUUGUUGGGGUUAUAAUUCAGCCUUGUGCAUUAUUAUCUGUUCUUCCCACUUGUUUACUGGCUUUGCAGUUCAUUAUUGGGGCUCCACUUCUUUAUCUGUUGAGAUUUUCUAUGGAUCAGGGUACUUGGUUUAACCAAAUUAAUGGAAGUUAUGCAUAUGUUCGACAUGUUUUAUCGCAAAUGUUUCAAGUGUUGCUUGUUCCUUUAUGUGUUCAUGAUGCUGCAAUUGUUGUUGAGAGGGAACUGACUGUUACAGUGGUUGCGAGUAAGACAAUUUUUGGUAAAUUCGCUGAGAGCUUGGUGUGGAGAGUGAGUAAUGGUGUUGCAGAUAUUCUCUCAAAACUUCAAUUUGGUGUGCUUAUUGUUACGACUCGUUAGAGGUUCGUUCAGAUGCGCAAGGGCACCAAAAGUGGUAUUAUAAGCAAGCAACGUUGCCAAAACCUAUUGAAGUUAACCUUUUUGUUUUUACUGAUGCUCAUAUCCUGCUGAAUUUGCUUACAUUCGCGGUUUAUGGAAGAUUUUCAGUCAGUGGUGGCUUUGCUUAUUAUGUGGGGAAGCAUCGGAAAAUAAGAAUUCAGAAUUUCGAUAUUCAUUAUUUCUGUCUGCUUCUUCCACAAAUUCCUUCCUACACAACCGGUUUCACCAAGGUACACUUCUUCGGAUACUUAAUUCUGAUUACUUCUAGCUGUGCUAGUUUACCUACUGCUGAGUAUAUUCGCCUAAUAUCUGAUCGUGGUAAAGAAAUUGAACCUGUUGGUAGGUGGUCUGCUUUUGAUAGACAUACUUUAAAAUUCUACUUUACUUCUUGUUUGAUUGUUCGUACUGGGUGGAAUUUUAUUGAUGCUUGUGCUAGCAAAUCUGCUCCUGCAUUGGCUUUGGAACUUGGGUACCAACUGGAAUUGAUACCGGCAUCCUUAAUUAUGUUUUUAUUUGUGCAUUGUCUGCUAAAGCUGAGAAUAAUAGUGGUCACCGUAAGCUGUAUAUUGCGCUGUCAGGGAGACAUCCUCUUACGCUACAGAUUCUUUCGAAACAGUGUGAAAUUCUCUUGACGGUCCUUCCAGUUUAUAACAAUGUGAGCAGUCAUUUUUAUCUGUCCUAGAUAGGUUUAUACUUGCAUUUUCUGUGGCUUCAAUCAGAAGUAUGUGGAAGACUGGAGAUUCACGAGAGAAUUGGAUUGCAAGUUAGGCAGUUCCUUUGGAGUUAUCUGCACUCGUGUUACCUUGCCCGGUAUUUUACCCCGCACUGCAUGAAACUGACAGAUUUAUACAAAUUUGAUUGUGGUGAAUAUUAUGUUCCUUGUUACAUUGCUCUAUGGGGUUUGACACAUCAAAUGGUGAAUAUUUAUGGUUGUAUAGACUGUGUUAUCAUUAGGAUCAUAGGAAUUUAUCCACUGAGGGUAAUUCUUUCGACAUGGAAGUUUGAACUUACAACAGAUAAUGAUGUUCAUCUCAAUGAUAUAUUGGUGCAAAUUUCUGGUCAGGCUAGAAAAUUGGUGCAAAUUUUUGGAGCUAAUGCAAAUUCUACAGACGAGAAACUAGUGCAAAUCCAGUGUCCUUGGUGUCAGGUAAACUGUUAAACAACUUUUGUAGGUAGUGGCAACAUUGGUUGUCAAGACAACACCUCUGGUUAUGGUCCGUAAAUUUUCUUCCAGACUUGGAGAUUCAUAUUCAUAUCUCAGCCACCAUGAGCAUUAUUCCUAGUGCCAUUUCUAUUGGUGACUACCAAGUUCCGAAUUUUGAUAAUUUUGGACAUGCUUAUUGUCGAGCACCAAGCACGAGCGAGUUCAGUUCCCUAAUUGCAUUUUGGGUGGACCUACUACCUUGUGUGCUCAUUUUAUUUCGUGGUCUAGUGGACACUGGAUUGCUGGGCUUGGAGUUCAAGUGCGACAACACCACACUAAGGGUGAUCACUGGAAUUCUGGAUUCCGAUCUUCUACCUCUAGUUGGAAGUACUAUCAUGAUGCUACCAGGCUGUACCUGACAUGAUGAGAAGAGGACUUGGCAGCUCAGUUCUCAUCCUUGAGGACAAGGAUGUUUCCAAGGAGUGGGGAAUGUCAUAUACCUGACAUGAUGAGAAGAGGGUGUCCCUUAUCAUAUUCAAUGGAAAUACUUAGUAUUAGGAUCAUUGGUAGUAACUAGCUGAUUAGUGGGUGUCCUUAUAAAUUGUAAGGGUGUGGGCUGAUGUAACCACCUGGGGGAUGUUUAUCCGUUGGAUGCUAGGUAGUGAAUGAGGGUUAUAUAAGCUAAUGAACCUGUAAAGAAACUCUAAGCAAAUUAUAAUCAAAUUGAUCGUUAACUCGAUUU